AUGUUAGUGUCCAAAUUCGAGAUGGAAAAUGCGGCUCCAGUAAAGACACCAAUGACGCCGGGCUAUACCGUUAACAACAGUGACAGCAAGCAGUUUUUAUAUACAACACGCUACCGCAGCCUAAUAGGAGCCCUACUUUAUUUGUCGGUAAAUGCACGUCCAGACGUGUCCAUCAGUGUAGGUCUCUUGGGAAGAAAGGUGAGCGACCCGAAUCAUAGUGAUUGGUCAGCUGCUAAAAGGGUUCUACAAUAUUUGAAUACUACCAAGCCUUUAAAGCUACGGUUUGGUCCUGAUCGGGAGUGGAAAUUAAUCGGAUACUGCGACUCCGAUUGGGCUGGUGACCAACAAACCAGAAAAUCUACGAGCGGAAUAAUAUUUUUCUUCGGUGGAGGACCCGUCAGUUGGAUAAGUAAGGCACAGGAUUCGGUAGCCCUCUCAACACUAGAGGCUGAGUAUAAUGCACUAACCUUAGCGUGCCAGGAAGCGAUAUGGAUCAGGCGAUUACUGAAAGACCUUGGUGAGCCUCAAGAUGAACCAAUGACUUUGUUUGAGGACAACCAAGGCUGCAUAUGUUUUGCAAAGGCGGAGCGUUCAAGUGGCAGAGUUAAACAUAUUGACACAAAGGGACAUUUCAUCAAAGAUCUGUGUGAACGUAAAAUCGUCGGGCUAACGUACUGUCCUUCAACUAAGAUGGUAGCUGAUGCUUUAACCAAGCCGUUGGGACCGUCAUUGCACAGCAAUUUCGUCAAACGUGUUGGGCUGUUCGCCUAG